CUGAAGGCCAGUGUAAGUGGAGUAGAGUGAGCAGGGCAGAAAUGCAAAGUGAAUGAUGGUGGUAAGAGGGCAGAGGUGAGACCAUGCAUUGGCAGAGAGAUCGUGCAUGGAGAGAUAUAGAGGUGUGUUCCAGAGGUGACAGUUCAUGGCACAGACAGUUAGAGCAUGCUAUUUGGCACUUACUUUUGUCGCCAUGUCAUUGCUGGUUAAAGCAAAAAUAGACGUGUGCUGGAGAGGCGAUGUGACUGUGAAGCCCUCCCAUGUGAUUUCUCUUGGAUCAGCUGUCAGUAUCUCCUGCUCUUUGAAGACCAAACAAGGCUGCCCUCGGUAUUCCAGUUUUAACAAGCUAAUCCUCUACAAAUUCUACCAAAGGAUCCUGUUACAGCGUGGCCACUCCCUCAGUUUCCAAGUCUCAGAUCUUCCUCUGGGGACAACAGUGUUUGUCUGCAAACUGAGCUGUAGGCCUAGUGAGGAGAUUCGAAUAUGUGGGGCAGAGAUCUCAGUUGGCGUUGUUCCAGAGCAGCCUCGAAACUUAUCUUGUACACAGAAGGGAGAACGUGGGACAGUGGCUUGCACCUGGGACAGAGGACGAGACACCCACCUAUUUACUGCAUACACUUUACAGUUAAAUGGACCAAAAAAUUUAACUUGGCAGAAGCAGUGUAAUGAUUAUUGUGACCAUUUGGACCUUGGAAUCAACCUAAUCCCUGAAUCAUCUGAAUUCAGUUACACAGCCAAGGUUAUUGCUGUCAAUGGUCUUGGAAGUGCUUCUUCAUUCCCAGCCACAUUCACAUUCUUGGAUAUAGUGAGGCCUCUUCCUCCGUGGGACAUCCGAAUCAAAUUCGUAAAUGCUUCUGUGAGCAGAUGCACUCUUUGGUGGAGAGAUGAGGGGAUGGUGCUGCUUAAUCGACUCAGAUAUCGGCCCAAUAACAACAGAUCCUGGAAAAUGGUUAAUGCUACAAAUGCCAAAGGAAGACAUGAUUUGUUGGACCUGGAACCAUUUACAGAAUAUGAAUUUCAGGUUUCCUCUAAGCUGCAUCUUUAUAAAGGUAGUUGGAGUGACUGGAGUGAAUCAUUGAGAGUGCAAACACCAGAAGAAGAGCCUACUGGGACACUAGAUGUCUGGUACAUGAAACAGAACAUUGACUACAGUAAACAACAGAUUUCUCUUUUCUGGAAGAAUCUAAGUGUAUCAGAGGCAAGAGGAAAAAUCCUCCACUAUCAGGUGACUUUGCUGGACAUGGCGGGGAAGAAACCCACACUACAGAACACCACAGAACAUACCUCCUGGACCUGGGUCAGCCCCAGAACUGAGAACUGGACUGUGGCCGUGUCUGCAGCUAACUCAAAAGGCAGUUCCCUGCCCACUCAUAUUAACAUAACGGACCUAUGUGGGGCAGGGUUGUUGGCUCCUGGCCAGGUCUCUGCAAACUCAGAGGGCACAGACAACAUUAUGGUGAUGUGGGAGCCUCCUGGGAAAGCUGCCUCCACUGUUCAAGAGUAUGUGGUGGAAUGGAGGGAGCUGCAUCCGGGGGGUGGCGUGCGGCCCUCUCUAAACUGGCUACGGACUCCUCCUUACAAUGUGUCCACUUUGAUUUCAGAGAACAUAAAACCCUACAUCUGUUAUGAAAUCCGUGUGCAUGCACUCUCGGGGGACCAAGGAGGAUGCAGCUCCAUCCGGGGUAAUUCUAAGCACAAAGCACCACUGAGUGGGCCCUACAUUAAUGCCAUCACAGAGGAAAAGGGGAACAUUCUAAUUUCAUGGAGUGAAAUUCCAGCCCAGGAACAAAUGGGCUGCAUCCUCCAUUACAGGAUAUACUGGAAGGAACAGGACUCCAGUUCCCAACCUCGACUUUGUGAAAUUCCCUAUAGGGUCUCUCCCAACUCACACGCAGUGAACAGCCUGCAGCCCAGAGUGAGAUACGUCCUGUGGAUGACAGCUCUAACAGCCGCUGGCGAGAGCCCCCGUGGAAAAGAGAAGGAGUUUUGUCUGCAGGGUAAAGCCAGUUGGAGCACAUUUAUGGUCCUGAGCAUUUGCGCUGCUGUCAUCGUUGUGAGCAUUUUCUCAAUGUGUUACUCCCGGCAAAAGCUAUCUGCCCUCCUUUCAGGCCUCAGACCUCAGUGGUGUAGCAGACAAAUUCCAGACCCAGCGAACAGCACGUGGGCCAAGAAAUAUCUCAUUGUGGAGGAGAAGAUGCAGCUGCCCUUGGACAGGAUCCUAACAGACUGGCCCACUCCGAAAGAACCUGAGCCCCUGGUCAUCAGCGAAGUCCUUCACCAAGUGACCCCAGCCUUCAGAUGUCUUGUUCACCCCAACUGGCCAGAAAAGGGAAAAGGAGUCCAAGGUCACUAUACCUCUGAGGAAGACACAGGGUACAGUGCUUCAGGCUCACCACCUCCAAGAGCUCUCACAGCAGAGACAGGACAGCUAGUGGAUCUGUACAAGGUGCUAGGGAGCAGGGACCCUGACUCAAAGCCAGGAAACCCAGCAAGCCCCUCGCCGGUCCUCCCAGUCGACUACCUUCCCACCCACGAGGGCUACUUACCCUCCAACGUAGAUUAUAUCCCUUCACAAGAGGCUCCUGUAACUGAGCCUCCAGAACUAGAGCCUCAGCAUAUCUCCCUUUCUGUUUUUCCCUCAAGCUCCCUUCACCCACUCACCUUCUCCUGUGGGGAGAAGCUGACUUUGGAUCGGUUGAAAAUGGGAUGUGGCUCCCUCAUGCUUUGAGUGAAGGUUGAAACUUGGCAAGUGUUCCCAACCAGCACAGCAUGCCCAUCUACCCAGCCCUCUGCUCCAGCUGUCAGCUCCUGUGGCUACUAUUUGGUCUGUUUGCAACUAGAGGGCAGUCAAGCCAGUUUAGGGUGAAUCUUGGGGAACUGAGAGUUGACUGCAGCCCAGAUACCUCAUCUGGCCUUCUCCAGAGGCUUCAGAUUACAUCCAUCACUGUACGGACCUGGAGACUCCAGUCUAAAUUCUUGCAGCUUUCUUGACUAUGGUGGCUGGAAAAGGGGAGCGUGGAAACCAAAAUGCUUACUAGCAAUGAGGACCAUUCUUACAGUUGUUUAUAAAGCAGCUACUACAUACCAGGUCUUAGGUUGAGAUCAGUACUGUCCAAUAGGCCUAUCUACACUGCUGAAUAUGCUAGACACUAACAAGUGGCUGUUCACACUUUGAAAUGUGUCUUGUAUGAUGAAAGAACUGAAUCUGGAUUGUAAUUGAAAGUCACAUGUGGCUAGUGCUACUGUAUUAAACACAGCUACAGAUAGAUGAUGGAUACAUUAGUGAGAAUUACCAGCGAACUUCAAAAUAUAUCAUCCUAGUUUU